AAAAAUAAGUUUGACAGUAAAACAGCUUGGAAAUGGUAAAGGAUAUUAUUUAUGAAGUAUAAAGCAAAACGUUGAGAAUAGUGGAAAAUGUACAGGACGCACAGUUCCUUUGCAGAAAAUAGCUCUUUGGAUCGUAUCCCAACCUGGAGUUUUUCUGUUUGGGAUUUCAAGGUGUUCCAGAAAUUGAAUAUUUUACAGAAAAGAAAAUUCAAGUUGUUGAUUUUCCACAGUAUUUUAAGGUACAUUGAAGGUACCACAAAUUAUUGUUUACAUCAGCAGACCGGAAACAGUUGGAAGCGUCAUGGCGAACGCGUGUUGCAGCUUGGUGGCUUAAAGGCGGAAAGUAUUUGGGUUUUUAAAUCUUAGCUGAACCCUGCAUAGAUAGAUCUCUGGUUAGUGAAUCAUUUGACCUUUAACCUUUAUGUAAAUCUGAAAUAUUGUGGUAUUAUUUCCUUUCUCUUGCGGACUCGUGUCUGCUUUCAUAGCGAAUUGAUCAUAAACUUUAUCGGCCAGAUGUCCCUGCAGGGGGCGGUCAGGAGGAGCUUCGUGGCUCUCCGGGACCAGCGGGCGGCGUGGAGGAGCGUGCUGGAGGAGUGCGACCCGCUCAUGGAGUCUCUGGGGAACCUGGGGGAGCAGAUGAAUGCUCUGUCCCGGGUCCGGGUCUCCGACACGCCGCUCCGGGCGUUCCCGGACCUCCAGGAGCGGCUGCAGUUCCAGCUGCUGCAGGCUGUGGACCUGCUGCUGCAGAGACUCAGGGACAGGAUGUCCUGCCUCCAGUCCAUCAGGGACUCCGUCGGCGGCCAUGUUUCUGCCGCCCUGCAGCUCUACCAGGACUCUGCAGACGGCCUGGAUGUUGCCGUGGCGACACAGCGCUCCUCCGUCGCUCCGUCGCUCGCCGACAUGUUGGAGUGGCUUCAGGACGCCGAGCGUUUCUACAGACGGCAGUUCCUGCAGAGGAAGACUCUGCUGCUGACGCUGAGGCGGGACGACCGCGCGCAGCUGGAGGGCGCGGCCAAGGCCUGGAGGAGUCUGGACUCUCCUGAUGCAGAGCAGCAAAUCACAGAUAAUCUGUGCAGACUGGCCUUCUUCCUGGAGUCCCAGUGAUCCGACCUCUGACCCGCUACUGGAUCAGAACCGGUUGGUAUCAGAACCGGCUGAACUGAUCAGACCCAGAAAGAGACACGUCUUCAGGUCUAAGUUGGUUUUAUUGGACCACAGCACACGCUGACACAUCAGGGAUAAGAACUGAACACAAACCAGAGAAACGGAUCAGGAACCAGGAAACGGAUCAGGAACCAGGAAACGAUCACGACUCACUGCAAAAACACAAAUAUUACCAAGAAUUUCUGUCCAGAUUCUCAAUCAGUCGCAUCAUAAAUUAUAAUCAUUUCCAUUCUGAUGGAAAUGAUGCAGUUUUGUUUAAUCCAUUUGUUUAUUUAUUGUUUUUGGUUGUUUUGUUUUUAUUUUGAAUAUUGAACAUAUCUCCUAGUUCAAGUCUUUAGUGUUAUUUUAAUAAAAUUAAAGUU